CUCACAGUGAUCCUCCUGCCUCGUCUCCCAAGUGCUGGAAUUACAUGUGUGAGCCACCAGGCCCGACUUGAGAGCCCUACGUGCUUAGGCAAAGAGUAUUCCCUCCCUCCCAGGCAUCUUUGAAAGAGUCUGGCUCUCAUGGCCAAGGUGUUCUGCCCAUCUGAAGGAGAGACUAAGGCUACUUCCUGGCCUGGAGCAACCACACCCCUUCUACUACUGUCACCUGUGGGCCAACCAAAGUCCACUGCUUCAUCAGCUCCUCGGCUGUGAUAAAAGCUUCCUGUGCUUAGCAGCCUUCACAGAACCUGGCAGUUUAUGGUAUCACUGUCCAGGCACUCAGGAACUCUUGUUUUCAGCCACUAGAGAGCCUCAGAGACCCCCCUCCCCAGGUGCCUUCUCAGGGCAGAGCUGCAGGCCCAACUCUGGCCUAGCAGCUGCCUGGAGCUCACAAUGAGGAGGAGGAAGAGGCUGAUUUUCCUUCUGGUCUAGGAAUUAGUCGAACCUCAGUCUUCCUAGAGAAAUGCUGUCGACCGACAAAUGAAUGGAAAGACCGACAAAUGAACAGAAAGACAGCUGCUCUGAAGAGUCCUGUGACCUACACAGAGAAACCAGACAGUGCCCAGGAGACCCUGGACUGCAGUCUGCACUGGCCAGAAGGCUUGAAGGGCAGAGAGAUAAAGAAGUAUGGCCGGGAAGGGACACUGCUAAAUAAAUACAACGAGCAAUACCACAAGCUCUUCAAGGACAUCCCCUUGGAGGAGAUGGUACUCAAAGUGUGCUCCUGUGCCCUCCAGAGGGACCUCUUUGUCCAGGGCCGGCUCUACAUCUCCCCCAACUGGCUGUGCUUCCACGCCAGCCUCUUUGGCAAGGACAUCAAGGUGGCCAUUCCCGUGGUGUCUGUGCAAAUGAUAAAGAAACACAAGAUGGCGCGGCUCCUCCCCAAUGGCCUGGCCAUCACCACCACUAGCCAGAAGUACGUCUUUGUGUCACUUCUCUCCCGGGACAGCGUGUAUGACAUGCUGAGGAGGGUUUGCACCCACCUGCAGCCUUCCAGCAAGAACAGCCUGAGUGUAAGGAAAUUCCUGGAGGAACCCGAGUGCAAGUCUCUGGAAGUCCUCAUUCCAGAGAUGAAAUGGAGAAAAAUAUGCCCUGCCUCCAGGUCCCUGUUGCUCCCAGACAACAUCCCCUGUGUCCCUCAGGAAUCGCUGGACUCCACAGAUGGCCUCUUCCCCUCCGGGAAACCUCCAGGGCCUGAGAAUGCUGUCCCUGAGGCCCAGGAGCUCGAGGGGGAGCCAGUGAGAGAGCAGGAGCUGUGGCUCUGGGAUUCCCAUCUCCUCAAGGUCAUCUUCAUGCUGAUCUGCUUCUUGGUCAUGUCCUCGUCCUACCUGGCAUUUCGCAUCUCCCAGCUGGAACAGCAGCUGUGUUCCUUGGAUUGGAAUGGGCCGGUGCCUGGGCACGGGUGCAACGGCCUUUGAGACUAAGGGUUGGGGUAAGAGCCAAGUUGCCUGUCCCCUAGCUGCACUUGGCACCAUUGGAGCCGGCCUGAUGUCCAUGGUGAGGUCAGGCGGUGUUGCCGGUACACAGGUCCCACUUGCAGUGCAGGGAGAAAGGCUUUUUGGGGCCCUCCUGCUUGUGCCUGUCAGCCUCGGCCCUUUCUCUGAUCUGAGCGUCUUCCCUGGAGCAGGUAGCAGCUGCCUGGCUUUUGUCCUCACACCUCUGAGAAGAAUGCUUGGAUGCUCAGACUCGGGGACCCCCGCUCAUGCUGCUGCUGUGCUGCAGCUGAGUGUGAAGGAAAACAUUCCCGCUCCUCCUCCUUCUGCCCGUCUUCUCCUGUCCUCUGCCAGUGAGCUGAGACACCUGUUUACAAAGUAACCGACUCAAACAGAAAGCUGGAUGCUUGGAAGCGGCUGAGGAAUUCUGUACACUGGGCUUCAGCAGCCACUUCAGAGAGAACAACGUGUGACUUGCUCUUUGGAGACCACUCUGGCACACAGGCUGGGGGCCACCUCCAGAGACAGAAGCCGCACUUUGAUGCCUGGAAUGUGGCUCCCCGGAGGGUGGGGCAGCGCCCAGAGCUCAGAGCACCUGUCCGCUUUGUUGCAACACACUUGGGGCCCCUCGGGCCCCUCAAGUCCCUGUGUUGGAGUCCACAGGGCUCUGCAGGGAGCCAGGCACCUGUCAGGCCUGGGCAGGGGCUGUGAAGGCAGGCAGGAGAGCUCCCGGCCGGGAUUCCAGCCGCAGAUGAAUAUGCACCUCUGAGCAAGGUCCCUCUUGUGGAGUUCAGCUGACGCUGAAAGAUGGCAUCCACAGUAGGGUGUGUUGGUGGGGGCUGUGAAGGCCCAGAAUUCCAUGUCCCCAGCUGUCACUUUCUGGUGAGACAGGUGGGGUUGGGCUUUUGAGCACUGUGGUCACAGAUCUGGUACCGGGUUUAUCCUUGGUUUUCUCAACCAUUUCCAAAGUGUCCCAGGCCCUGGAAGUAGGUGACAGGAAGGAUGGGAGGCCAUGCUGUGUCCUUCCUGCCUGACUGCCCGCAUCUCAGGCAUGGCCAGCAGCAGCUGGGGGGGAGGUUUGGCUGGGGAGCCGAGUGUGAUGGCUUCAUUCAUGUCACCUGUCAGUGUGCCAAGGGCCAUGGGCCGUGAAGGCUCUGUUCUCCACUGAUAAGACGGGCGUGUCCCAGGUGAGCCUGGUUCAGUGCAGAAGGCAGGUGAAGGGGCUCUACCUGACCUUGGGGACCCGAGGGGUAGGGGAUGACAGGAAAUAGCCGCCAUUUCCUCUCUGCGACACAAGAAAGGGAGAUCAGGUGGAAAUGAUUUAUGCAGAGCUGCAAUUGUCCUGUUGAUGACAACCCCAAAGGAGCCCUGACUGCGGGACUGGCAGCAGGUGGCAGCUCUCGGAGCCCUUCUUGGAGGUCUCUUUGUCCUCCCCUCAUCCCCUUUCUCAGACUGAGCCUGGAGCCCAGCCUCAUGUGCUCCUUGCCCCGAAUCUCCAUGUCUCAGGUGAAACUCGCUGCCCGUACCUCACGGUGCCAUGCUGGGUGAGUGCCUGGCUUUGGGCUUUGGAGGCGGGGCAGCCCCCUCUGUCACUCACUGCCAUCGUAUGUUCAGGGACACAGUCCUCCUUGUCCAGUGCUUCACCUUUCUGGUCCUUGCAGAAAGGCAGGAAGAACAAGCCCUAGCCUCGCUAGGUCAAGCCGGCAGCCGUGGGAAGUGCCAAGUCAUGGGUGGUUGUGCCAGGACUCUGGAGAGCCUGAUCCCCAGCCAGACGCUGGGCUUAGGAAGGGAGGAGGCCUGCGGUAGGCAGGUGGCUCAGGGUUCCAUGGAGGCCUCGAGCUCUGAGCAGUGUGCUUGUGCCAGUACCGCCUGAGCAUCCACUUUAUUUCUCCUUUUUGUGCCCCAGCUUGGUCCUGCUGUGCUAUGCUGUAAACUCUGAGAAUUUAUACAUUCCUGCCUGCAUUGGCUGAGGCUCCUUUAAUUCUAUGAAACUUUGGGUUUACCAGUCUUGGUUGAUCCACUAUGGUUUUGUUUUUGGGUUGUUUUUGUUUUUGUUUUGGUCUGGUAACAGGGAUCGAAUUCUGGACCUUGUGCUUGCAAGGCAGGUGGCAGAACCACUGAGCUAAAUCCCCGGCCCAUGAUCCACUAUGGCAUUAGACUUUGGCAUUUUUUGAAAUAAACCUGCUAUUUUCUAGUGUCCUGAGGCACGGAAAGUUCAUUUUUAUCCCGUGGCAGUAGAUGUGCUGUACUGACAUGCGUGGCACCGAGGAGACUGGUGGAGCCCACGUCAUUACCAGGACCCCGAGGACGCUGCAGAUCUCGAAGGAUCUAGCUGAGUGAGCAGACUUGCUCCCCAGUAUAUGGAGAAGGGUGAGGGUGACCACAGCCUCCUUCCUCGGCAGGGUGGACACCGAUGGACAGUAUGUCCUUGUUUCUCCACUGUGAUGUGCCCUAAUAGUUCUUGACUCAGGAAUGACUGACUGUAUGGAAGUCAAAGACAGAAGGCUCCUGUGGCCUUUUCUAUGACUCAGAGCCUACAGAAGCUAUGUUCUGAUUUGGGUCACAUCUUAUUUCUUCUGCCCCCUUGAGUCCAAACCCUGCCCCAGCUGUUGUGCUCAGCAUGAGGUACUGUGGUGACCAUGCAGGCAGUGGCUGUAUCCUAAUGACACCUGCCUUAAGUUCAUGCACAGUGAGUUCCGAGUGGAUCUAGGAACAAACGGGAACUGUAGAUUGGGCUCAGAUUCCAUAAAGGUCAGCAAUAGUGAUAGGCGGUAAAGAGGGAGAUAGCUUUCCAUGGGGCAGUCGAGAAAUUUCUCUGAAGUGACGCUUAAGCUGUUACCUGUAAGACAAGGUGCCAGUGCUGGGAGCAGAACUCCUGGAAGAGGGAUCAGCAGCUACAGGUGAUAGAAAGGGCGUAUGGGUCUCAACUUUUUUUUUUGGUACCGGGGAUCGAACUUGGGUCUUUGUGCUUGUGAGGCAGGCUCCGGAACCACUGAGUUAAAUCCCCAGCCCGGGCGUAUAGAUCUCUAGGCUGCUAACCAAGUGACGGUGAUGUGAAAGUCAACUCAACAACAAAGAAAUGGCUGGGGAUUUAGCUCAGUGGUUCCACCACCUGCUUCGAAAGCCCAAG